CCAACACCUGAGAGUUGCAAGCGUGCAAUGGUCGAUAAGGCUGCUGUAAGUACAAUGGAGCGAAAAUCAAAACAAUGAAUUUGGUCAAGACUAUUAAUUAUCCAAGCGUCUCCACUAUAAAGAACUUCGGGUUUCUUAUUGGAAAAGAUUUUAUUAAAAUUAAAGCACACGUAAUCAAAUCUCCAAUGUUGCAAUACUAUGGAGCUCGAAUACAGAUCACAAAGCCAGGUGAGUGGCGUGUAAAUGAUGAGAAAUUUCUCAUUCCUGGUAAAGCUCCGACAAAAUGGGGAAUUUUGAUUAUGAGCAAAAACGUGAAACAAUAUCAUGUUGAGAAAUUCGGCAAAGGAAUUGUUCAGAUGGCAAAUAAACAUGGACUUGAAUUUAUUGAUUUUGAUCCAUAUUGUGUCUUUAGUUUUAAUAAAAAAGGACAAGAUGAGUUAGAAAAGAAAUUCAAAGAAUUGAAGCACGAUAAAAAAAUGGAAUUGCUCUUUGUCAUUAUUCGCAACAAUAAUGACAAAACGAAUCCAGAAGAAGACCAGUAUAGUGCUGUUAAAAAAGCUGAGUCAAAAUUUAAUUUGUUGACUCAAUGUAUCAAAGAGAAGACAAUCGCCUCUUUAUCUUUAUCUACUCUUUACAAUAUUUUGAUCAAAGAUAACUCGAAACUCGGUGGAACUAAUCAUAAAAUAGUGCCUGAUGAAACAGUUAGUGUGUCAAUUAACAAACGUCCUUUCAUGGUUAUUGGAGCUGAUGUUACUCAUUCCAGCUCUGGUCAGAAGGAAAUACCGUCGGUCGUUGGUGUGGUAGCCUCUUAUGAUCGAAAUGGAUUUCGAUACAAUUGCACAAUGCGUUUGCAGAAAAACCGAAAAACUAACAGAGCUGUUCAAGAAAUAAUUGAGAAUUUCGAUGAAAUGGUGCUUGAGCAUUUGCAUUUCUUUAAGACCAAACACAAUAGAUUGCCUGAGCACAUUUUAUACUAUCGUGACGGCGUCUCAGAAGGACAAUUUGCGCAUGUCAUAGAGAUUGAAGUGUCUGCCAUUAAAAAGGCUUGUGCCAUCUUGGGAAAGCCUAACAUCGAAGUCACUGUCAUGAUUGUCCAGAAACGUCAUCAUACCCGAUUCUUCCCUGAUCCGAAAAAGAAUACAAUGGAUCGCUACAACAAUGUUACUCCCGGUACGGUUGUCGAUUCUGUAAUUGUCGAUCCAGAGAAUUGGCAAUUCUUCAUGGUUCCACACAUAUCGAUGAAAGGCGUUGCUAAACCGACAAAAUAUUCCGUUGUUUACAACGAUGUCAAAAAUUUGACAAAUGCCGAACUACAGGUUUUCACUUUUCAUUUAUGUCACUUAUUCACGCGAUGCAACCGUGCAGUGAGCUAUGUUGCUCCCACUUAUUAUGCUCAUUUGGUGGCCGCUCGUGGUCGAGCUCUCAUUCAUGGUGAAGACAUCGAUAUGAAAAAUUUGGAGAAGGAAAACGAGAAAAUGAAAAUUAAUCCUGACUUUGCCAACGAUCAUCCUAUGUUUUUUGUCUAAAAUUGAGGAUUAAUCCGAUAAAAUUAUCGAUCGACAACUUACUAUUUUUUGUUCUUAUUCGCUUUAUGCUAAUUAUGUUAUUCUAGAAAAAAUAUC